CCCACCAUUUACCUUCUCUGCGCCCGCCUCCCCCCUCCCUCCCCCAAGUCCUUACUGCUACUCGUACACUUACUACAUACUACCUACCUCUACCUACCACCUACUACCCUCGAGAUAGUCUAUCACCUAUCACCUACUUGUUAUCCGAUCCAAUACUACUCGGCUCCUGCUCGUGCCUCUUCGCUGCCCUCGAGUCACAACAACACCAACCACAACCUACUCGUACCUACCCUUACACUUCCAAGUCCUCCUCUCCUCCUUCUUCUUCUUCUACACCUCUCUUUCUCUCUCCAUCCCAACGUCCGACCGCCAUCCAAGCACCCAAGGCUCCAGUCCCUAUAGAGACUCGAAAAUCGAGAAUUCAUUCCUAGGGAGAGGCCCAGCUCCCAACUUUAUCAGCCACCUCCACGAUGGCUGCACCGACAACUCAGUCCCUCAAGUGUGUCGUGACCGGUGAUGGUGCUGUAGGCAAGACAUGCCUUCUGAUCUCCUACACAACAAAUGCCUUCCCCGGCGAGUACAUCCCGACCGUGUUUGACAACUACUCGGCGAACGUGAUGGUCGACGGGAAACCCAUAAGCUUGGGACUUUGGGACACCGCCGGCCAAGAAGAUUAUGACAGGCUCCGCCCGCUAUCAUACCCGCAAACAGACGUUUUCCUCAUCUGUUUCUCCAUCGUCAGCCCUCCGUCUUUCGACAACGUCAAGGCAAAGUGGUACCCCGAGAUCGACCAUCAUGCCCCCGGCGUGCCUAUCAUCCUCGUUGGAACGAAGUUGGAUUUGCGCGAUGACGAAGGCACAAAGGAAAGCUUGAGGCAGAAAAAGAUGGCCCCUAUCCAGUACGAGCAGGCGGUGAUGGUGGCCAAGGAAAUAAAGGCACAGAAAUAUCUCGAGUGCUCUGCACUGACACAGCGAAAUCUUAAGAGCGUGUUUGACGAAGCGAUCCGUGCUGUCCUCAGCCCACGCCCUCAACAACCCAGGGGAAACAAGAAGGACAAGAAAUGUGUCAUACUAUAAGCAGGAGGCUUUUCUCGCACCUCGGAUAGUGCGCCACCGGUCGGAAUAAUGAGAAUACCAUCGCGGAACCGGAACAUAAAUCGACGAUUGAAUGCUGGGGGGUAGCGACGAUAUACAGGAAGGGCUUGGAAGGCAUCUCUUGAUGAGAUUUUGUAUGCACACCUUCCUUUGCACGACCCCAUGUCACAUGGCUAUUCUGAAGGGGAGGGUACACCAAGAGACUCGCGCGGCGGGUCCAUUAUAGGAGUCGGGUUUACAUCAUUUCUGCAUUUGGAGCCUCUUUUCGUCGGAUCAGCAUGAUUGAAGCAUUUCAUAUUUUGUGCAGUUGUGUGUAGAUAGCGGGCAUAAUGAAGUAGCACACCAUUUGCUCUCCUUCCGCAUGCUGGUCGUUGAUGACUUCGUUAGGGAGAGAACUAAGUAUAUUUCAGCAUUUCCAUUUC